UGUGUGUGUGUGUGUGUGUGUGCGCGGAUGGAGGCGGCGGUGCUGGAGCGGCGGAUGAUGGCGGAUGCUCGCGCUGAGCUGCAGGUGCAGAAGCUGCAGGAGCUCGUGAGGAGACUGGAGCGGCAGAACGAGCAGCUGCGGAGCUCCCGCUGCAUCCCGCCGGAUCCGUUCCCGUGUUUCCAGCCGCAUUCCGCCGCCGAGGAUGAGGAUGAGGAUGAAGACGAGCUGACGCUGCUGGACCUGCAGAGCGCGAGCGGAGAGUCAGACGAGACCUGGCUCUACGAGUCUCCCAGCUCUCAUCUGCGGUCCGGCGCCGGUCUGGACGCUCUGCAGUGGACUCGACAUGUUCUGGAUCAGCUGGACGCUGCACGACACUCGCUCGGCCAAAGACUGGAGUCCGUCAGUAGAUGGAGGUCAGGCUUCUCCUCUCCUGCUUUUCCUCGUGCUCGUGUCGUUGGAGUUUCUCCUCUCUGCACCUCCUCUCCCUCCUACAAACCCUGUGCUCCCCUUCCCAGCAGCACCUCCUGUGAGAGAGCAGGUCGCAGUGUGUCGGUGGACAGUGAUGUGAGCGCGUCUGAGCCGGACACCGCCGCUGUUUCUCUGGGUUAUAAGCUGCAGGACCUCACGGACGUCCAGGUGAUGGCCCGACUGCAGGAGGAGAGUUUGCGUCAGGACUACGCCUCCACCUCUUCCUCCUCCUCUAUGAGCCUCCGCAGCUCCAGCUUCUCCUUCCAGUUCGGCCAGCACAGCGAUUCACACCUGGACGAGGAGGAGGAGGAGGAGGAUGAAGACUACGGUCAGUUACCGCCGCCGCAGCCAUGUCUGAGUCGAGCCAGACCACUGCAGCGCAGCCUGCCGCAUUCACACACCUUCAGCAGCAUCAGGGACUGGACGCAGACGCAGACGCAGACGCACUGCAGAGACACGCAGCCAGGCCUCAGCAGCAGCUCAGAUAAGCUGAGGAGGAGUAUGCCGGACCUGCUGGUGUGUGCGGCUCUGAGUCCAGCGCUGUCGUCAGGGUCCAUGAGGAGCAGCCAGAGCUUUGACUCGUCCGGUGCUCUGACGCGUCUCCAGAGCUGCAUUCCUGCUCCGGCGCAGCUGCAGAGCCGUGUUCAGAGCGUGGGGAGCUUCUCGUCCCGUCAGCCGCUCAAAGCCACAGCGUACGUCAGUCCCACCGUCAAGGGCUCGUCUCUCAUGAGCUCCUCGGUCAGUUUACAGAGUCUGUCGGUCAGCGGGGUCCCUAAAGCGGCGGCGGCGUCACGCAGCGGUCUGCCUCGGCCCUCGUCCUUCAUCAGCACCGGCUCCGGCCCUCGAGCCAAACUCACCGCUCCGCUGCGCAGUUUGCUGCCGCCGCCGAAGAGCCUGGCGACGCUGAGCGCGCUGAGGGAUGGGAGCUGGCGCGACGGCUGUUACUGACGCUCUGAGACGGGUCCGGAGCAUCCCGCUGGCCCGGGCCGCUCGCUUUCUCACCAAGUGCUCUUGAGGAGGCUUCCAGAGCAAACACAGCUCUGUAUGCAAACGCACCGAGGAUCUGAGUGAUCGCACAUGCUGCUAAAUCAGGGGCCCCUCGUCCCUGCACUGAAGCAAUCGCGCUUAAACUAAACCACUUGAAACGGUUUGUACGGUUGUUUGAAGUUGGAAUACACUCUUAUUAAAAAUAAAGGUGCUUUAAAGGUUGUUCACAGCGAUGCCACAGAAAA